GAGGAGAGUAUACAAAUAGUUUUUUCAUUUCUUGAAACGAAAAAACAAGCUUAAAAAGUCCGUUUGCGUUGCUAAUGUGGAAGAACUGGAGAUUAGUACCUUGGCUGCGUUUUCACCUGUUGAGUGGGAGUGGAUUGUGUGCUGUGACCAGGCUGAUAAAGUUCCCCCCCAUUCCACUUCCACUGACUGUCUACGUCUGCGAUCCACUUGCUAUUUUUUUGUUCCCGAGGGCCACCCUGGUCCAAAUGUCCUCCCGAGACCAGUGACAUGCACUGGAUUCUGAGAUGAGUUUCAAGCAGAGAGUAAGACAGAUUGCUGUCAUGUUGUUUUAUCUUUCCCAACUCCUCAUUCUUCUCUUUGGGGGUAAGUUCAUCACCAACAAGAAGGAGUCCAGAAUCGACCUUCAAUUUCAGAAGCAAAAAUACCGAGACGGGCCAAUGCACUUAGAACGAAACGGGAUAUCCUCUGGGAUGAGGUCGGUACACGACACCGAAGAAACCCAAAGCAGGCAUUCAGAUCGGUCCUCUCUGAUGGGACUUUGCCACGCAGCAUUUUGCACAACUACACAGCCAGAGAUUCCUCCUCAGGUAAGUAGCCUGCUGGUUUGCAUAAUCAAGUUGAUGAUAUCACCAAACGGAAGCUACCCAAAUAAUUUUUUUUUCAUAACCUUCCCUUCAGAAAAUUGUGGCUGCCUAAAUGGUGGCUGGUGUCAAGAUGAUGGGGUGUGUGACUGCACCCAACUCCAGGCGCUGGGAGACCGCUGCCAGAUAGUACCUAACCAGGGUCAAGACAGAGAUGGGAUUUGUAGGUCCUGGGGUCAGCACCACUAUGAAACCUUCGAUGGGAUCUACUUCUACUUUCCUGGGACGUGCUCCUACGUCCUGGCCCAAGACUGCCAUUCGACAUCACCUCAGUAUACUGUGUGGGUGCACAACAGCAGAAUGUGCAACAGCAAUUUGUAUUCAUGCCCAAGAGCUCUCACCCUGCUUUUUCCAAAUGAGGAAGAGAUCCAUAUAUCUGCAUACCAUGUCCACCAGGGAGGACACAGGCUCAGUCUACCACACACGAUAGGAGGUGUUUUCAUUGAGCGGCUUGCCGAUUACCUGCUGGUAAAGAGUGUUUUCGGAUUUUCUCUGGCCUGGGAUGGAGGCACUGGUGUCUACCUGAAGUUGAGCGAGGAGCACCAGGGCGCCCCCUGUGGUUUGUGUGGGAAUUUCAACCACAUACCAGGUGACGACCUGACCACUGUCCGUGGCAUACGGACUAAUGAGCCGGCUGUGUUUGCUAACAGCUGGGCAGUUGACCUGCCUCAUGAAAGACUUUGUCCCUUAGUGGACCUUGACUUCAGUGGACCGUGUGACUCAGAAUCUGACAUGGAUGAUGCCAUCGAGAAAUGCAGUGCUCUCCUCUUCUUCCCCUUCCUGUCCUGUCACGAGAAUAUUGAUCCCAAUCCAUUUGUUGCCAGCUGUGUCUCUGACCUUUGUAUAGCUGAUGAUGAGGAGACAUUUUGCAGAGCUUUGGUGGAGUACACCCGAGCCUGCUCUCAUGUGGGAUAUCCAGUGAGGGAAUGGAGGGAUAGUUUCCCCUCUUGUAAUGAUGGUUGCAAGGAGAGCUUCGUGUACAGAGACUGUAUCAGUUGCUGUCCUCCCACCUGUACCUUUGAAAAGGAAUGCCUUGGAACCAACCUGCAUUGCCUGGAUGGCUGCUACUGUCCUGAUGGUAGUGAAGACAAGGAACUUAGGCUCAUUCUACAAAAUGGAACAUGUAUAGCUGCUUCUCAGUGCCCGUGUGUUUACCACGGUUCAUCAUACGUGCAUGGACAUGUGCUUCGACAGGGUUGUAAUGUUUGUGUUUGCGUGGGAGGUAUAUGGAACUGCACUGAGAACAACUGCACUGCGGAGUGUUCAGUCAUGGGUGACGUGUUUGUGACCACAUUCGAUGGGAGGAUGUUUCUUCAGCCAGGGGCGUGCCAGUACGUCCUCGCUAAGAGCCGCGGCAGCAGCAGAUUUACCGUCACACUGCAGUACACUACCUGCACUGAGAAGCUGGUAUGUAUACAGUCAGUGACUCUGUUGCUGGAAGCGGAUGUCAGUCGCCAGAUUACUCUGACCAGAGAAGGAGGGGUGAUGAUCGGCAUCAACUCGGCACCUAUGCUGCCUUACAGUGAUGAUGUCAUGGAUGUGCGUAAACUGACCUCAGUGUUCACGCAACUGAAAGCACGACUGGGGCUAAGAUUGCAUUACGAUGGCCGAGGUGGGCGAGUCCAUCUCCAGCUCGAAAGCCGCUGGCGUGGUUUGACUCUUGGUCUUUGUGGGACCUUGAAUGGAAAUCUUAGAGACGACUUUCUGUCUCCUGCUGGUAUGAUUGAGGGCACACCACAGCUACAUGCCAAUGCUUGGAAGGUCUCUUCAGCCUGUGUAGCACCGGUUAACAUGCCGAUUGUUGAUCCGUGCGAAAUUAAUCUACAGAACGUAUUUUAUGCCUCCAAAUGUGAGGUGCUCCUGGGAAGUGUGUUUGCCCCAUGCCACGGUUACAUCAGUCCAAACAUCUACCGGCAGCAGUGUCGCUACCAGGCCUGCCGUUGCGGAAGUGCUUGUCUGUGCACUGCUCUGGCUCACUACGCCCUGCUCUGCUCUAAACACGGAGUUGACGUUAAUUUCCGAGCACACGUCUCCGAAUGUGGAGUGGUGUGUCUAGGAGGGAUGCUGUACCAUUCAUGUGUGUCGUCCUGUGGGCGGUCCUGCCGCGCCCUGUCCAGCAUGGAAAUAUGUAACCCCGAUGACUGUGCCGAGGGGUGUGGCUGUCCUGAUGGCAGUUACUAUGACGACGUGCGCCAGCGAUGUGUGCGAGUAGCUCAGUGCCACUGCUACAGCAUGACUGGUGUGUCUCAACCAGGCGAGGUUAUCUUCAGCGUCACUGGACCCUGUCUGUGCAGGAAUGGGAAGUUUGAGUGUGUGCCAGAGGAAAAAGAGCCAGACAGCCCAGAGAUCGAGGAGUGCCCCAGGGGUAAAGUUUACCACAGUUGCGCUGAGCAGAGAGGCGGUGUGGCCUGUGCGCCGACAUGCCGAAACCUCAUGUUGAACGUCACCUGCUCACCCAACACCCCGUGUAUCCCGGGCUGCGUCUGCCCUCCUGGGCUGGUGAUGCACCGUGGGGAAUGUUACUAUCCAGAGAACUGCCCCUGUGUCUGGCUUGCCCUGGAGUAUCUCCCUGGAGAAACAGUGGAAACAUCCUGUUCUAAAUGCGUAUGUCAUCGUGGUUAUUUUAACUGUAGCUAUUCACCGUGUCCAGCUGUGUGUACCAUCUACAGCGACAGACAUUACCACACUUUCGAUGGACUGGAAUAUGACUACCACUCAGACUGUCAGGUCUAUCUGCUCAAAAGUUCAAGAGAGACUGAAGUAUCCAUUGUUGCCCAAAACAAGGACUGCUAUGAGAGUAGCAUUGUGUGCAUGAAAACACUGGUCAUACACGUGGGACUUACAAAGAUCUACUUCAAGGACAACUCUGGCAAUCCUAGCCCAUCCACUGUGGUAGGUCGAGAGUCAGCAUUUGAGCUGUGGAAAGCCGGCUUCUACACUGUGGUGCACUUCCCUGAUCAGGACCUGACCAUCCUCUGGGACCGUAAGACAACCGUACAUAUCAGAGCCGGGCCUCGGUGGAAGGGCCUUCUCGGUGGACUAUGUGGAAACUUCGACAGCGUGACUGUCAAUGAUAUGACCACGUCGAGCAACAUGGAGGUCAACAAUGCGCAGACCUUUGGAGAUAGUUGGGCGCUGGGACAGUGUCAAAGUGAGUACGUAGUGGAGCGACCAUGUGAAGCUGACUUGGGGAGACAACCAUACGCCAAGCGAGAAUGUGCACUUCUAUACAGUGACGUCUUUUCAUCUUGUCACAAUGUGGUGGAUGUGGCCUGGUUCUACAGAAACUGCCUGACCGACACUUGCAACUGUGACCGAGGGGGUGACUGUGAGUGUCUGUGCACAUCCAUCGCCGCCUAUGCUCACAAAUGUUGCCAACAUGGCAUCACUGUACACUGGAGGUCGCCCUCUGUGUGUCCCCAGGAUUGUGAAUACUACAACCAAGCAUUAGGUGACGGGCCGUAUUCCUUGGUGAGCGCUGUCCACAAUAACACAAUGAUAGGAGUGAAUCACACCAGUGGCUCAGUAUUUCCUCUGGUGAGAGACACAUCAGGCCGUAUGCCUGCCCCUGGUCUACUCUUCAACUUUAUGGUGACAGCAGGCCUUCACAGGAACAAGACGUCACGCAUCCCUGUGGUAUCCCUGGAGUCUGCGGAGAGACCCAACUUCUUCCUCAUCGUGUCAGGAAAGAGAUGUGUCCAGCUGGAGCAUUGGAGUCAAGGGGAGGAGUUCAGACAGCGGGCGACAUUCAUCCAGCAUCAAGGAUUGUUUCUGCCUGGUCACAGCUCAUUCGAAGUCGCCAGCCAACCGGGAGUUUUUCUGACACUGACACGCACUGCUGCCCGAGCUCUGAGAUAUGACACCUCUGCUGGUUUCAAAGCCAGUAGUAGCUUCAUACUCGAUGAGACUCGCUUUGUCAUCCCCUACCGGAUGAUGUGUGAGUGGCGCUAUCAGGCCUGCGCCAGCCCAUGCGUGCGCACUUGCAGUGACCCAGAUGCUACACACUGCAACUUCCUGCCUCUAGUGGAGGGCUGUUUCCCACGAUGUCCUAAGAACAUGGUCCUAGAUGAGAUCACUAGCAGAUGUGUCUACAUAGAGGAUUGCGUAACUCUUCCCCCGACUCCCACCCCUUUUGCAUUCGUGACGCGGCCCGACAUUACUACAUCGCCACUCACUACACUUUUAACAACGAGGCAUGCAAGUAUCACAACCACUACAAGUACCACUAGUGUGCUCACUACGUCUUCCACUAUCAUGAAGCCAUCCAGUAUUGCCACUACUUUGACUCCAUUUCCUCCUGGGAUCCCCACCACUACAAUUCCCCCCACAAGAACACCCACUAAAACUCCUCCAACACCCUCAACCACUACAACAGAGCCUUCUACAUCACCCCUCAUUUUUACUCCAACCCCUUCAAUUACAACUGUUACUGCACCAUUAACACCAGUGCCACCCGUGCCCAUGACAUCAACGCCUUUUUCCAUCAUCUCCCCGGGCAUCACGACCACAGCAACUCCACCUCAACCCGAGCCUGCUGACACUGCCGCGAUCACCCCUGCAGAUGCUUCUACGGUUGCUGUGGCAACGUCUGCACCAAUUGACACAAGCACCCAACAAGUGAUUACAGAAAUAUUCACGAGUGAGGACAUCUCUCCAACAAAAGAGGAUGUGUCGACCAUAUCUCCGUUGUUUAUGCCCACAACACCCUGCACUCCCCCAUAUGUGUUCCGAAUCAACGAGUGCGCGGAUCUCAUCUGUUUCAACGGGCAGCUGCUGCUUUAUAAUGCAUCCCUGCAUUGCCGCGUAAACACCACCAGACCCCAGUGCAGCCUCCUAGGCCUGCCUGUCCUCAUCAACAUGGACCCCUGCUGUCCACAGUGGCAGUGCCCUUGUCGUUGCACCGUGAUGUCCGACCUGCGCGUGAUCACGUUUGAUGGCAACAAUGUGGCCUUGUACGAUAAUGGCUCCUACAUCCUGGUUAAGCUGCCGGGAGAAACAAUUGUUGGCACAGUAGAGAAAUGCCCAACCAGCCAGAGCGUAAACUCAAUCAGAAGACCUAGCGGAACAGGUGGAACAUCUGGUCUAUGCUUGAAAAAAUUAAAUAUCACCACCUCUUCCGACCGCAUCAUUAUCAAUCGACUGGAUCGAAAGGUAACAGUGAACUACAGGUCACCUCGGCUGCCAUUUUCCCUUCACUCUCUUCAUGUGGAAGACACUGGCACAAUGUAUCUUAUCAAAACGCCUGCCAACGUCAGCAUACAGUGGUAUCACAGCACUGGGAUUAUGGUGCUGCAGUACAUCACGCCAACUGAAGCGUCUGUGCUCACUCAAGGCCUGUGCGGUUGCUGCGAUGGCAACCCGGACAAUGACCUGAGGUUGCCUAAUGGCAUUGUAGUGAGAGAGGUGGGAGACAUGAUGCUUUUCCUGCAAGCUUGGAGGGUCCCUACGCCUGAUGAAAGCGAGCAUACUCGCCGGGUCGGAGACAACUGUACCAUAGGGGACUGCUCCAUUUGUCUUUACAUGCUUCACCAGAGAGCCUUCACGCCAUGCCAUAGCAAGGUGCCUCCAAACCAAUUUUGUGACAUUAUGUGGGCAGGCGACCUGCACUACAAGGACCACCAGUGCGACUUCCUGGCAGCGUAUGUGGCCGUCUGCUACACACAUCAAGUGUGCGUCAGCUGGAGACGACACAAUUUCUGCCCUCUUCGGUGCCCCCCUGGAAAGGAGUACCAACCUUGCGUGAACACCUGCACCAGCCUCACCUGCCUAAACAGGGACUACUACAAGGAGACCGCCUGCCCCUUCAUCCGAGAGGAAUGUGUGUGCCGCAGCGGGACCCUCUUGCAUCGUGCCGAUUCCCCACACUGCGUGACUGAGGAUCGCUGCGCAUGCACAGACAACGAAGGCAGGCCCCGGGCAUCCGGCGAGGUGUGGAACGGCUCCACUCAAAGCUGCUGCCUUUAUAAGUGCAUAGAAAAUGGCUCAGUGAUCGCUGUGGAACCCGACUGCGGCUUUAUCCCGACGCCGAUAUGCGAGAGGCAUGGAGAGUAUGUGCUGGAUGUUCUGGAGGAAGGUGCCUGUUGUCCCAAGAAGAUCUGUGACUGCAACAUGACCAUAUGUGACAUCGAAGCACCAGCUUGUGAAGAAGGCGACCGGCUGGUGAUUGGUUAUAGUGCACUCUCCUGCUGCCCUGAGUACAGAUGCGAAUGUGACCCUGCAGCUUGCCCGUCUGCACCUUCUCCCAGCUGUAGGGAGGACCAGUUUUUAGUGGAGAUUCGAGAGGAGAAACGGUGCUGCUAUUCUCACCUCUGUGUGUGUGAAUCAUGCAUGGAGCCUGUUCCAGUCUGCUCGCAUGCAGAAAUCCUGGCUGUGGUUCUGAGCACCACCAACAGCUGCUGUCCACAGUACCACUGUGUGUGUGACAUCAACAAGUGUCCUGAGUCCUCUGUGAUCUGUGCACCAGGUCUUACGGUGGUCAAAACCACUGUACCAGGCAAUUGCUGUCCGCAGCAGCAUUGUGAAUGUCAAUGUGAGGACAGUGCUCUCCAAGUGUGCCAGCUUGGGGAGGUUCUAUUCGAGGUCCCAGACAUCAGCAACAGCGACUGUGGCUGUCCUCGACACGUGUGCCAGAAAGCAGAGGUGUGCCUUUACCUAGGGGUGACUGUGCUCGGACCGGGCCAAUCCCUUGUUCAGUACUUUGAGGCGGAGAUUUGUUCUACUGUCCACUGCUUGCAUCACGAAGACCCCAACACUGGCUUCUACGCCAUGGAAAUCAUCUCAGUCAACUGUUCCCAGCAAUGUGAACCUAACCAGAUAUACGUUUCAUCUACUGACCCUCAGGUGUGCUGCGGCUCCUGUAAAAACAUCUCCUGCAUAUUUACCAAUGACAACGGGACCAGCGAGCUAUUUGCUGUAGGGAGUUCCUGGGUGGAGAACUGUACGCGUUACGACUGCAUGGAGACGGCUGUUGGAGCAGUGGUGCUGGCCUCUGGCGUUGUAUGCCCGCCUUUCAAUCACACACAAUGCAUUCAGAAUGGUGGUGUGGUUCAGACCUAUGUUGACGGCUGCUGCAGGACAUGUGCUGGAGUGGGUGUCUUACCCUUUACCGUUAAUCCCGUAACCCCCACUGGUAGUACUAACUGUGACACAGGUAAAGAGGAUGGUAAGACAUGCAAGCGAGUGGCUAUCCGGACCACAAUACGUAAAGAUGACUGCAGGAGCCACACACCGGUGACAGUCUUCUCCUGUGAUGGCAAAUGUCCGUCGGCCACUAUCUUCAACUUCAAUAUCAACAGUCAUGCCAGGUUCUGCAAGUGCUGCCGCGAGAACGGAUUGCAGUCUCGCUCGGUGGUGCUCUACUGUACACGCAACGCCACCGCCGUGGAAUACCACUUUCAAGAGCCGCUAGACUGUACUUGCCAGUGGAGCUGAAUGAAAGGGGAAUAAUGCAAAGCUCUGAGAUUGGACAUGCAUGAAUGACUCAAUAUAUGGAAGGUAUCAUAUAAGAUUUUGUACAAUGCUGAUAGAUCAAGGAAAAAUUACGCUUCAAAGGGGACAUAUGGAAAAUUGGAUUUUGUAAACAAAAUGCAGAUUUGGGGGGGGGGCAAUUACAUAUUGACAGGACUAGAUGGGCUCCCCAUGUAGCUUCUUUGAUAUUUCUUCUUUUGGGAAUUGCCAAGUGGUUGCUUUUAUGAGGUUCACUUAUGGAGAUUUUGCUGACAAAAUCUGGACUUUCCACUGGCCAUGGAUUAUAGUGAAGGAUGGCAGUUGGCAUCUAAAAAUAUUAUUUUUAUGAUUUUGGGAAAUGAAAAUCGUCAUUUGUUAUCCUUGGGGCAUUCUGAUGAAAGCAUGCCACAGACAUGCUAUUAAGAGACCAAAGAAGUGUUUUAUAUUGAUUGUCUCCUUUAUAAAUUUCAAGACUCCAAAUAAUAAUAAUGGACUCUGUCAAACCAGUCAAUAUUUCUGUCUGAUCUGCUUAAUUCUGACAGCUACUGUUUUUAGCCCAAAAAUGUAAAAAUAUAGCUAUAUUUUCGAGUAUGCUAUCAUGAGUAUUUGCUAAUGGUUAUCUUACAUGUGGUUAGUUCCUCUACAACAGUAGUUAAGAAAAAAAGUUGUAUUUCCAAAUACUUACUGAUGCAACAGAAUAGGUCAAUAAAAGUUUUAAAUGUUGAUUAGCCUUAAUUUGUGCAUAAUGUCUAUUAGCAACAUAGAGAAUCUUUGACCACAAAAUUAUGGCAGUCACUUUUUCAUCGGAAAACUCUCUUUUCUCCCUUUCAUAUUCCCAUCAUUCCUCUCGGCCGAGCAGGUUUUUGCCAUCCAACAUCCUUGUCUCAACCACCACAGCUUAUAUUUCACAGAUUGUAGUAGCAUCUCUGUUCUCUCUGUGUUGUGUAUGCAACAAUGCUGGCUCAAUAGGACAGUGUAGGGCACUCCAGACCCCACAAACACCUAUCAGGGUCCACCGCGGAACCAAGUGAAAAA